GGAAACGCUGCUCAGCUUCCCUUCUGUCCGGCAGCUCCGCAGCAAGUGGACCAGGAGAGUCUGACUGACUGUUUCAAACACAACACAGGAGCGAACAUCUGAAACAGGACCGACACGGUUUCCUGCAGCCCCGGGGUUGAUGUGCGCUCAGAGAUGCGAGCCUCACUGCUAACGCUCCUCUGUGCCCUGGCUGCCGCCGUUGGCCAAGAGCCAGACCACAGCCACGGCUGCGCUCAUGGCAGCUGUUACCCGGCAACCGGGGACCUGCUGGUUGGACGAGAGAAAAACCUGAAGGCCUCAUCCACAUGUGGGAUGAGGAGGAAAGAGCCUUACUGCAUUGUCAGUCAUCUUCAGGAUGAGAAGAAGUGUUUCGACUGUGACUCCAGACGGCCGUACGACCCCGUCUACAACACCAUCAAUCACCGGAUAGAGAAUGUUAUCACCGCCUUCAAACCUCACCGCAAGAAGUCCUGGUGGCAGUCUGAGAAUGGAAAGUCGGAGGUCUUUAUUCAACUGGAUUUGGAAGCAGAGUUUCAUUUCACGCACUUGAUUAUGACCUUUAAGACUUUCCGUCCAGCGGCCAUGGUGAUUGAGCGGUCGGCAGAUUUUGCUCGUACCUGGCAGGUCUACCGCUACUUUGCUCAUGACUGCGCCGCCGCUUUUCCCGGAGUCUCCCAGGGUCCUUUGCAUAACAUUAAUGAUGUCAUCUGUGAGUCGCGCUAUUCGGAUAUUGAACCAUCAACAGAGGGAGAGGUCAUCUACAGAGUGUUGGAGCCAGCCAUCAGGAUUGAGGAUCCAUACAGCCCGAACAUCCAGAACCAGCUGAAGAUCACCAACUUGAGGGUGAACUUCACCAAACUUCACACGCUAGGAGACAACCUGCUGGACCCAAGAGCAGAAAUAAAGGAGAAGUAUUACUACGCCAUAUAUGAGCUCGUCGUACGUGGAAACUGCUUUUGCUACGGCCACGCCUCGGAGUGCGCCCCCAUCGAUGGCAUCAGGGAUGAUAUAGAAGGAAUGGUUCACGGCAGGUGUGUGUGUAACCAUAACACCAACGGUUUGAACUGUGAGCAAUGCGAUGACUUUUACAAUGACCUGCCCUGGAGACCAGCUGAGGGACGCAACACCAACGCCUGCAAGAAGUGUAACUGCAACAGCCACUCGACCCAGUGCCACUUUGACAUGGCGGUGUAUUUGGCCACGGGUAACGUCAGCGGAGGAGUGUGCGAUGACUGUCAGCACAACACCAUGGGACGCAACUGUGAGAUGUGCAAACCUUUCUACUACAAAGACCCCAUCAAAGAUAUAAGGGACCCACGAGUGUGCGUAGCUUGUGACUGUGACCCGGACGGUUCUCAGAACGGGGGGAUGUGCGACAGCCACACCGACCCUUCCCUCGGCAUGGUGGGAGGUCAGUGUCGUUGCAAGGCCAACGUGGAGGGGCCGCGCUGCGACAAGUGUAAAACCGGCUUCUUUGGCCUGAGCGCUGAAAACCCCCAGGGCUGCCAACCUUGCUGGUGUGACCACAGAGGAACCGUGUCAGGUAGCUCCCAGUGCGACCCAGUCAGUGGAGACUGCUUCUGCAAGCGUCUCGUCACCGGACGCAGCUGUGACCAGUGUCUGCCGGAGCACUGGGCGCUGAGCCACGACCUGAACGGCUGCAGAGGCUGCGAGUGUGACAUCGGAGGAGCGCUGGACAAUCACUGCUCCAUGGAGAGCGGUCAGUGUCGCUGCCGCAGUCACAUGACAGGACGCCAGUGUACACAGGUGGAGUCCGGAUAUUACUUCAUGGCUCUGGAUCACUUCCUCUAUGAGGCUGAGUUGGCCAAAAUGGGACAGGGUUGUAUGCUGGAGACCAGGGAGCACCAGGCGGGUCGCCCCGCCUCCUGGACGGGCCUUGGGUUCGCCCGGGUGCCUGAGGGUGGCACUUUGGAGUUCCUCAUCAGUGACAUCCCCUUCUCCAUGGAAUAUGACUUGCUUAUUCGCUACGAGGCGCAGAUGCCACGGGACUGGGAGGAGGUGCGGAUAACAGUGAUUCGUCCAGGACCAAUUCCUACCAGCAGCCCCUGUGGAAACACCAUCCCAGAUGAUGACAGACUCACUGUCUCGCUGCCAGCUGGAGCAAGGUUUGUGGUCCCUCAUCAGCCUGUGUGUCUGGAGAGAGGUGUGACUUACAGCCUGCGCUUUGAGUUCACACGCUAUCAGGAUGCCAACAGUAUCCUCAACGGAGCGGCCAACGCUAUCGUCCUUGUGGACUCAAUCGCCUUGAUGCCACGUCACUCCUCCAUGGAGAUGUUCAACGCAGGCGAUUCGGCCUCGAACACCAGGAGACAGACCUACGAGCGUUACCGCUGCCACGAGGGGGCGAAGAGUGUGACCCGCCCACUGAUGAGUGACACCUGUGCCAAGCUAAUCACCAGCAUGUCAGCCAUCAUAAAUGAUGGCGCUCUGCCUUGUAAUUGCGACCCUCAGGGGUCCGUCAGCUCCAUGUGUGAUGUCCGCGGGGGUCAGUGUCGCUGCAAGCCCAAUGUGAUUGGCCGACGCUGUGACCAGUGUGCUCCGGGAACUUACGGCUUUGGGCCUUCAGGCUGCGUGGCCUGCGGUUGCAGCUUGGAGGGCUCUGUGACUCGACUCUGUGACAAGUUCACUGGUCAGUGCCAGUGCCGUCCGGGAGCGUUUGGUCAGCGCUGUGACGGAUGCCAGGCGGGUCACUGGGGCUUCCCCAGCUGCCGGCCGUGCCAGUGUAACGGACACGCAGACCAGUGUGACCAGAGGAAUGGAGCCUGCAUCAACUGCAGGGACAACACAGGAGGAGACAAGUGUGACAGGUGUGCCAAUGGUUACUUUGGUAAUCCAAUUCUGGGCAUAGCAUCCAGCGGUCAGUGUCGUCCGUGCCCCUGUCCGGACGGGCCCAACAGUGGCCGUCACUUUGCUGCAUCUUGUUACCAGGACAACCGUAACAGACAAAUUAUCUGCAACUGUAACCAGGGCUACACAGGGAUUGUUAAACGCUCCGGGGUGACCAUUUUUAAGCGAGCUCGAUGUGACGAAUGUGCCCCAGGUUAUUAUGGCAACCCCUCCCAGCCUGGAGGGCGCUGCCAGCCGUGCCAGUGCAACAACAACAUAGACAUGUCAGACGUCGAUGCAUGUGACAGGCAGACUGGAGAGUGCAGGAAGUGCCUCUACAACACCGAAGGCCCCAACUGUGGCAUCUGCAAGAGCGGUUACUUCGGGGAUGCUUCCCGACGCAACUGCAGGAAGUGCACAUGUAACUUCCUGGGUACUGAACGCAGCCAGUGUAUGGAGCGUGAGGACUGUGUGUGCCAGCGCGCCACAGGCCAGUGCCAGUGUCUGCCAUACGUCAUAGGUCUGACAUGUGACCACUGUGCCCCCAACCACUGGAACAUGGCCAGCGGGAGGGGCUGUGAAUCCUGUGGGUGCGACCCCAACAACUCUGUCACCUCCUCGUGUAAUGAGUUUACGGGCCAGUGUCAGUGUCGAGACGGCUUUGGAGGGAAGACCUGCACAGACUGUCAGGAAAACUACUGGGGAGACCCCAGGACACAGUGCAGAGCUUGUGACUGUGACUGGCGUGGCAUUGAAACCUCUCAGUGCAACCGCGUGACGGGCCACUGCGUUUGCCAGCAGGGGGUGUCAGGUGUUCGCUGUGAUCAGUGUGCCAGAGGCUUCUCUGGCCAGUUCCCCAACUGUCAGCCCUGUCACCAGUGCUUUGGGGACUGGGAUCGCAUUGUGCAGGACCUGGCAGUGCGUACCAAGGCUCUGGCAGAGCGUGCCCAUGAGAUUCAGACCACUGGGCUUACUGGGGCCUAUGAAAAGGCCUUCAGAGACCUGGAGGAGAAACUGGCACAAGCUCAGGGAAUUGUUAACGCACGCAAUGCCACCGCUGCAGCCGUGGCUACCCUAAUGGAGCUUAUUGAAGAUCUUAGAGCGCAGAUCAGUGAUACCACUGACACCCUGAACCGCCUGGAAGGAGACCUAACCAUCGUACAGGACAGCAACUCUGAGGCAAGCAAGGAGCUGAGUGCUCUGGAGAGAGAGGCUAAAGAACUCAACCUCACUUCAGAGCAGCUACACCGCCAGCUGGAUAUCCUCAAGAACUCCAACUUCCUAGGUGCGUACGACAGCAUCCGUAGCUCCUACAACAAGUCUUGUGAUGCUGAGCGGCGUGCCAACGAAUCAACAACCACCAGGCCCAACACAGUCAGUCAAUCAGCGGACACCCGCCGCCGCACCGAGCGCCUUAUCAACGCCAAGAAGGACGACUUCAACCGUAAAAACGCAGCCAACAAGCGUGCGCUGGGAGACCUGAACACCAGGGCGCAGGGCCUGGACAUGAAGAAGAUCAAUGAGAAGGUGUGUGGUGCCCCGGGUGAUGCUCCCUGUGCCGAAAGCCCUUGUGGGGGUGCGGGUUGCCGUGACGAUGAGGGAAACCGUCACUGCGGAGGCCUGAACUGUAAUGGCGCUGUGGCAGUAGCUGACAAUGCACUGGAGAGAGCCAGACAUGCAGAGAAGGAGCUGAACAAAGCUAUGGGAGAGGUGGAGGGACUCUUUACCAAGGUGGCAGAGGCCAAGACCAAGGCAGAGGAGGCCAAAGGUAAAGCCCAGGCAGCUCUGGACAAAGCCACAGCCACCAAAAACAAAGUGGAGCGCUCCAACAAUGACCUGAGAGACCUCAUCAAACAGAUCAGAGAAUUCCUCACCCAGGAAGGAGCAGAUCCAGACAGUAUUGAGGCAGUGGCGAACCGCGUCCUGGAGCUCUCCAUCCCUGCCUCGCCCCUCCAGAUCAGGCAUCUUGCUGAUGAAAUCAAAGAGCGGGUCCGGAGCCUUUCGAAUGUUGACGCCAUCCUGGAGCAGACGCAGGACGAUGUCCGCAAGGCCGAGCAACUGCUGCUGGACGCCAAGAGGGCGAGGCAUCGUGCUGAGGGGGUGAAGACCACAGCGGAGACAGUGAAACAGGCCUUGAUGGAUGCUAAGACUGCCCAGACAUCAGCAGAGAAGGCCAUAGCAAAAGCCAAAGCUGACAUUGACAUGACGGAGGCCCGACUGGCACAGAUCGAGUCAGAGACGUUCAACAGUGAGAAGGACCUGAAUGAUGCCAUGGUCCGCCUGGGCACACUGGGGCAGGAGAUCAAUGCCCUGAAGACCAAACGUGCCAACAACAGCAUGGCAGCUGCCCGAGCCGAGGAGACAGCCACCAUGGCACGAGACAAGGCCAACGAAGCCAAGCAGAUUCUAGAUGGCCAGCUGACAGAUAAAUACCAUGAAGUGCAGCAGCGGGUUGACACCAAGGCCAAAGCUGUGCAGGACGCCAAGAAAAGAGCUGAGAGCCUCAGAGAUGAAGCAAAGGAAUUACUGAGAGACGCCCAGAACAAGCUGCAGAGACUAGCAGAGCUGGAAAAAAACUAUGAGGAGAACCAGAGGAGGUUGGAGGGGAAAGCUCGCCAGCUGGACGGCUUGGAGGACAAAAUGAGAGCCAUCCUCAAUGACAUCAACAAACAGAUCCAGAUCUACAACACGUGCCAGUAACUCACCUCUACAUGUCGUAUGGAAACGGGUCCAUCAUUGUGUUGUUCUGCCAUUUCCUUCACAUACAGAAAACUGUCAACGGACUUUGAGGAAAUAAAAAAAGAGAAAGCUGGGGUAGUUAUUUUAUCACACAGCAGGUGAAUUUGCAUAUUUAUGGUCCAAAUUGUCUUGUGACUAUUUAAAAAUUGUUGCUACCAUAUUGAGAUAUAUGAACAUACCCAUGACUGAAUAUCUAUCUAUAUAUAGAUUUAUCUAUAUAUAGAUAUAUAUACAUAUAAAAAUCUAUUAAAUUUGUAUUUUGAAUUUGAAAAACAAAAAUUAAGUUUUAGAAAAGUCAGUAAUACAUACAUUUGGGUGAAAAUAAUGAUUUGAAAAGAAGCUGUAGUUUAAAUGUUUAUUGUUUGGGUUUUUUCUUAUUCUUACAUUGAGUGACAGCUGUAUAAUCAGUACGUCAUUAUUAUUUUCUCCAGUUUUUCUAUGAACUCUGUUACUACUGGAAGUAUUCUGAGCUGUGCUCAUCACAAGAGGAUGUCAUUUAAAUUGCACUAGACUGUCUUUUUGCAGCAGGAAACACAACAACCUUUGGGUGCAUGAGGACAUAACAGCAGAGUGACAAUCUGUUCAAAUUUAUUUUUGGUACAAAUCAUUACAAAUAUUUUAAUUUGUUGUAUUUUCAAAUAAGCCACAAAACAGAGACAAGUGUAUAGAUGCUGGAGUCUAGUCUCUGCGUAGCUUUGAGGACAUGGCUUUUCAGUAAGGAUUAAGAGAUGAACUGGUUUAUCGCAUUCAUGUGGAUUUUAUAUUUAGGAUCUUCAGAUAAAAAUGACACCUACUCUGGUGCUAGGAAUUGUUUUUGAAUUACAUCUUGCCUUUAUACAAAUAAGAGGGAAACAAAUGGUAUGAUCUGACCAUUUUGUGUGAAAAUGAAAUGAACUGUUUGACUUGCUAAGCCAAGAGAUAAAAACCUGCCCACAACCACCUCCGCCUGCAGUAGGAGGAUGGCUGUACAUUGGUAGUAUAGAAAUAAUGUAGAGAGCAGUGUUAGCUAACAGCGUAUACAGUAUGUUAGCAGCACGACUCAGAGCUGUAUGCUGUAUCAGUCUGUAUGAAAUAUCCCAACAACAAGACAUGGUGGUUUCUGACGUGUUCUGAAGAGGCCACUGUACAGAGGAUAAAGCAGUGUGAUUUAAGAUUGAUUUAGCUUUUCUUGCUAAAAAGCUAGAUGAGAAGAUUCAUACCACGUUCAAAAUGAAGCUGGAUCCAGGAGAUGGUUGUCUUAGCUUAUCAUAAAGACUGAAGACAGGGAGAAACAGCUAGCCUGGCAAUGUCCACAGCUAAACAAUCAGCCUACCAGCACCUGUCAAACUCACUAAUGAACACAUUCGCCAGGAAAGACUUGAGCACGGCACUGUUCCUGGCCAAGAAAUAGAUGAACUAUUCCUUUACCGGGAUUAAUUUAGUGAAUGCCAAACCCAUGAUCCACAGAUUGAGUGUUUUGAUUAUGAAAUAUACUGUGAUGGGAUAUUUACGAGCCGCAGCAAUUGUUGCGUCACUGACACGACAUAGUAUUCUACAGUAUGUACAGUGUUGAAUUGUGCCUUAUACUGUGCCAGUAUCUUGGACAUUUACUCAUGUAGUGUUUGCAUGACAAUGUGUGUUUUAGGAAACAUAACAAACCAAAAAACUAACUUGGUUCACAUAUUUUCCCCCAGCCUGCCUAUCAGCCGGCAGCUACGUGAUUUUGAUAACUAACUGCCAAAGCAAAAAAAAAAAAAAAACAAAAAAGAAUUUUGUGUAAAGUUUUACACUGUACAGUUUUGUGAAUAAAGCUUAAAUGACUUAACA